CCACCCACUGCAUGUGGCUCUUGGAGAAAGCCGGCUACAGGGUGAGGACUGCAGAGGUUGGAGCGCGCCAGGCGCACUCCGGCCUGCUCCCCAAGCGCCGCACCCCGGGCUCACCCUCGCGCUGCAACCCUAACAUCCUCACCCCCGACCGCAUCCCGCAGUUCUUCAUCCCGCCUCGGCUCCGGGACCCCGGCGGCGCCGAGGCCAGGGUGGACCGCAACCUGCGUGGCCGGAACCUCCCGGUCGCCUGCUCGCUCCCGCACCUGGCGGGCCGCGAGGGCUGGGCCUUCCUGCCCGAGAGCCCGCACACGCGCCGCCGCGAGUCCCUGUUCCACGCGCCGCGCGGCGCGGCCGCAGGCCUGCCCCCCGCGCAACCGCGGCUGCACGUCUCAGCCCCGGACCUCCGCCUCUGCCGCGCCCCGGACAGCGACACGGCCUCGUCGCCCGACUCCUCGCCUUGCGGCUCCCCGCGCACGCGCAGGCCCUGCUUUCUGUCCCCCGACGAGGCCAGCUCGGCGGACACCAGCCCGUACGCGCCGCGCCGCGCUCCGCCGCUCUUCCACCUGGACUUCCUCUGCUGCCAGCUGCGGCCGACCAAGGACAGCGUGCUGAGCCUGGGGCCCCGCGGCGGACAGCUGCGCCUUUCCACCGAGUACCAGGCGGGGCCCGGGCGGCUGCGCCUGCGCCUGGUGAGCGCCGAGGGCCUGCCUCGGCCGCGGGCUCGCCCCGGGAGCGGCGGCGGCGGCUGCUGCGUGGUGUUGUGGCUGCGGCCGCGCGUUCAGCCGCGAGCUCAGCGGAGCCGGGUAGUCCAGGGCAGCUCCAACCCCAUCUUCAAUGAAGACUUCUUCUUCGAAGGGCUGGGCCCGCCGGACCUGGCCGUCCGUAGUCUGAGGGCCAAGGUGCUGGACAGGGGUGCGGGGCUGCGCCGGGAUGUGCUGCUGGGAGAGUGCGAGACGCCACUCGUCGCCCUGCUGCCGCCGCUGGCUGGAGGUCUAGGCCCAGGGUCUUCCCUGGCACCUGCGCAUCUCAGCUUGUAGGCUGGCACCACGGCUUCCUCCGGAGGUUUCCACUGGGUCUGCAGCCCUCAUUCUUGCCACCUGCCCAGCGUGUAUUGAUUUUUGUUAAUAAAAACAUCAGUUUGCCUUUAGCUGCGCGCUCCCCAG